AUGCUAUCUACCUGCUUUCCUAUUGCUGUCUUAUCUGCUCUCUUUAUUACUCAGACUUUAUUACCUGUCACUUCUGUUUCAUACUUAUGCGUUGGAGGGCAAGAGCAUGGGGACGUAUUGUCUCUCUGCUCCAGCGACAUUCAUCCCGUGAAAGUCCAUGGGACAUACCAUUUGUGA